GUCAAAUCGGCAGUUGCAGGCCGAGAGCCGGUGGGGGAGAAGUCUUCUUCUCCAAUCCCAUCUGACAUUCCAAAUCUGCAGCUUUCAUUUGCCGUUUUUCCAAUUCCAUUUUACCAUUUUACCAUUUUACCCCUGGCAUAAUUUCUUUUUUUAAUAAUCUCCUCCCCUCUCUCCUGUCUCCUUCAUUUCUAGCUAAUUUUCCACACACCCCACCAAAAAAAUAAAAAAAUAUUCACAGAUUGUUUGUUCCCUUUUAUUAUACAUAUUUAUGGUAUAAAUAUGUGCCUUUGAAUGUCACCCGCAGAACAAAAAACCCUUCCUCGGACCUCUCUCUUCAUAGCUUCUUGUUAAGUUAAAUUAUUCGGUUUUUCGGUGAUUUUGUUAAUCUGGGUGGAUAGAGAUGCCUGGAAUAGUUAUGGAUGAAAUAAGUGAAGAUGGGGUAGUGAAUGUAAUGAAUGGAAACUCUCCACCUCCUAAGGAAAAUUUAGGUGUAAAUACUUCCCCAAAGAGUAAUUCGAGUCCGAAAAGCCCUCGGAACACAGGUGUUGGUCUCCCGAGUGGUGAUGGGGUUGUCAUUGACACCUCAAUUGAGCAGCUUUAUGAGAAUGUGUGUGAUAUGCAAAGUUCUGAUCAAUCACCCUCGCGGCGUAGCUAUGGAUCUGAUGGCGAAGAGUCUAGGAUUGACUCGGAGUUGCGCCAUCUUGUUGGUGGAGAGAUGAGGGAGGUGGAGAUAAUGGAAGAAGAGGUGCUGGGGAAGCCGGCGGAUGGUUCUCGUAGUGAUUCGGAUUCUAGAAGGGGAAGUUCAUCUACGGGUAAAAGAUCAGGAAAGAAGGGGAGGACUCAAUCCGCAAGCAAGAAAUCGGUUUCUCCAGUUGACUCGAAGAAAGCUUCUCAUGCGGUGUUGGAAACUGAAACAUCACCAAAAUCUAGUUCUAAAGGAAAAACUACUCCUGAGAAGCCUCCGCUUGACAGGCGAAGCGACAAGAAUCCAAGGAAACUGAAUUCUGGAGCCAGUCUUGGGAAGAAAGUAAGAAAUUCGCCUUUUGGUGGGUCAAAGUUGCAGAAUGGAACUGAGGAUCCGAAUGAGUCGGCCUUGGAUAAUCCAGAUCUGGGCCCCUUUUUGCUUAAGCAGGCAAGGCAAUUAGUCUCUUCUGGAGACAAUCUACAUAAAGCCCUUGACUUUGCUCUUCGAGCUGCAAAAUCAUUUGAAAUAUGUGCAAAAGGAAAGCCCAGUUUGGAACUAGUCAUGUGUUUACAUGUUACAGCCGCAAUAUACUGUAACUUGGGUCAGUAUAGCGAGGCGGUUCCUGUUCUUGAGCAUUCGAUUGAGAUUCCAUCAAUCGAGGAAGGCCAAGGGCACGCUCUUGCUAAAUUUGCUGGUCAUAUGCAGUUAGGUGAUACUUAUGCGAUGCUGGGAAUGCUUGAGAAUUCGCUAACGUGCUACACAACGGGGUUGGAAAUUCAAAGACAAGUUUUGGGAGAAACAGACCCGAGAGUUGGUGAGACGUGUAGGUACUUGGCUGAAGCUCAUGUUCAAGCAUUACAAUUUGACGAAGCAGAGAAGCUCUGCCAGAUGGCUCUCAACAUUCAUAGAGAAAAUGGCUCCCCUGCUUCUCUUGAAGAAGCGGCGGAUAGGAGGUUGAUGGGUCUUAUUUGCGAGACAAAGGGAGAUCAUGAAGCUGCUCUUGAGCAUCUUGUUUUGGCCAGCAUGGCGAUGGUGGCAAAUGAGCAGGAAAUCGAGGUGGCUGCUGUUGAUUGCAGCAUUGGAGACACAUACUUAUCUAUGUCGCGGUACGACGAGGCUAUUUUUGCUUAUCAGAAAGCACUCACUGUGUUCAAGACCACCAAGGGAGAGAACCAUCCAUCUGUCGGCUCUGUCUUUGUCAGACUGGCUGAAUUAUACAACAGAACGGGCAAAAUAAGGGAAUCAAAAUCAUACUGUGAGAAUGCCCUUCGCAUUUAUGAAAAGCCCGUGCCUGGUUUUCCUGCAGAGGAGAUAGCAAGUGGGCUGACUGAUGUUUCUGCUAUCUAUGAAUCGAUGAACGAGAUUGAGCAGGCUCUCAAGUUGUUGGAGAAGGCAUUGAAGAUAUACAAUGAUGCUCCUGGUCAGCAAAGCACAAUAGCUGGAAUUGAAGCACAGAUGGGGGUCAUGCACUAUAUGUUGGGAAAUUAUUCUGAAUCUUACAACUCUUUCAAGAACGCUGUUUCAAAACUCCGUGCAAGUGGGGAGAAGAAAUCCGCCUUCUUUGGCAUUGCUCUUAACCAAAUGGGGCUCGCUUGCGUACAGCGCUAUGCUAUAAACGAGGCUGCAGAGCUAUUUGAAGAAGCCAGAAGUAUUUUGGAACAAGAGUGUGGGCCAUAUCACCCCGAUACACUCGGGGUGUAUAGCAAUCUUGCCGGCACCUACGAUGCAGUUGGAAGGUUGGAUGAUGCAAUUGAACUCUUGGAAUAUGUUGUUGGCAUGAGGGAGGAGAAAUUGGGAACUGCAAAUCCCGAUGUGGACGACGAGAAAAGAAGGUUGGCCGAGUUGCUGAAAGAAGCAGGCAGAGUUCGGAGCAGAAAAGCCAGAUCGCUCGAAACCCUCCUUGAUGCAAACACGCAUGGUUUAACGAACAACGGCAUCAAGGUGUGAUGGAUAAUAAGAUGUGCAUGAACAAAUUUUUGUAUUAUGUAACAUAUUUAACGUUGGGGAAAGAAGACACCAAAAAAGAAAAACCAAACAUGAAGAAACAGUAAAACACAAACCAAAAGAAGGAAAAGAUUUAGUUUAUGCUCAUUUUAUUAAGGGGGUGAAUGAAAUAACCUCAAGGCCGGGUUUUGAUUUUAUCAUUUA